UUAGCCAAUCAGAGCGCGUCCUUCAGGUACGCUCUUCCACUUCAGAAGCGGAAAGAGGAGUACAACAACAAACAUGGCGGCCCCCAUGGAGCAGAGCGUUCCCGUUGGAUCAGACAGAAAACGCAAGAAAAAUGUGGAUUAUAUAUGCAUCACACACAUAUCAUCGAUGGACAAAGAACGGACACAGUUGUUCGUUGGAAGAAGCUGGUUGUAUGUGCCCGUAAGUGGCUAGAAAUUGACGGAAUCGACCGCGCGUUGGCAGAGGCUGUAUGUGUACACGAUGAGUCCGCCAGAAAUAACAAUGACGAUUCCACGUCAACCCUGGCUUGUUCAGAAGACUCUUUCUGGCUUCUUGGGGGGAAAAAACUUGGUUUUCAUCCAACUUGUUAUAGGCGUUUCAUUGAUAAGAAACGAAUUGCCAGUGCUGAAAAACUAGCAGAAAAACGGGGAGCAUAUGGUGGUGACAACAAUGGUUCUGAUUCUGAUCACGAGUCUUCCACAACCAUGUCCACGACAAGCCGGCCACCAUUGUCAAAACAGUUGAGAUCCACGACUAAAUCAUUGAGGUCUGGCAAUGUACUACCUGCUGUCUGUAUAAUUUGCAAGAGGGCUGACCGCUUUGUGAAGGAAGGACACAAGACAAAGAAAGAUAAAAUGGUCCAAGCAGAAACUAUAAAUGCUGGGAGUUUGGUUAAAGCAACUGAACUGCAAACGGAUGAAUCCAUCCUCAAGGUUGUAAGUGGAAAAGAUGCUACAAAGAAUAUACAAGAUUUCUGGGGGCUACAACAAGUGAUGAAAGGAUGCCAGAAGCCUGGGAGUAUGCCACUGUGUACACAGAAUGAAUUUUGUGAAUUUGGGCACAGUUGAUUAAAAAA